AUGAAUACUCAAAAUAAACCGACUGCGUUAUCUGCUGACUUAAAUAACUUUAUUUAUGGAGUGUCAAGAAGGAACUUCCAAAAUGCACCAGAAUUAACUAAAACCGGUAUUUCUCUAUUGAGGAAUUUUCCUGCUGCUAGAGAUGCAGUGUUGGAGUACUUUGCCAUGGUUUUCCAUGAGGCUGUCAAUGUUUCGAUCAACCAAACUGAUUACGAGUCAGAUACAUCUGCAAACGGAUCACUGGAAAGUGUCAGCAUGAUUGGACCGGAGCUAUGCAAUAUGGGGGAGUCCUGGGCGCCUUUCAUAGCACCGUGGUGCAUCAAUUUGAUUAUGGAUAUAGCCACUGAAAAAGCUAACUUACCAAAUGCUACACUACAAAAUACAGAUCCUGUGAGAGUUUUGUUAGACAUAACAACUCAAAAUUUGACUUUGCUGAAUGCUGAGGAAAGAGCUAAAUGUAUUGAUAUGAUGCUAGGUUGUCGAGCGUGUUCCUGGGCUGUGGGAUGGGUAGGUCGUGCUGAGCCUGCAUUAGUGGCUCCACGAGCACUUGCUCUCGGUGCGGAUGCUGCACGAGCUGUAUUAGCUCAUCUCGCUAAUCACCCUCCGGCUCUGUACCAUGUCCGAGCUGCGCUUGUUGACUUGUUUCAAGAAGCUAUUAAGGAAGACAGCAAAGCAGAUAAGAAACGAGAAGUGAUCCCGUAUCUUUUGAACCUCGCAUCAAAGUCUGAUAUUGUUUUAAAAGCACUGACACAGGACAUUGAACAAACUUUGACAGACGAGGUAAUGGAUAGGCUAUGUGUCGUGUGCGCUACGCACAGACACAGCGGCGCUUGGGAGGGCGUCGGACCGUCGUCACUCGUAGCACUUCUGUUAAGAUCCGAUGUUCAUUGUUUCCUGUUGCUGUUGAGACACGCGCAGAGGAAUCUAUUCUGCAGGCAGUUGUUGGAAUAUUUGUUGCAGAAGCUAGAACAUGAGUGCUUAUUCCCUGAUGCGAAUAUACCGCUAGUGAUGAGUGCUGCCGAGGAAAUAAACAUAAUAAGAGAAAAACUCUUGAUAGGCAAUCAGCUGGAGCAAUAUUCUAUCGCUAGGAUACUUAUUUUAGUCUGUUACAAUCUGCCAUCCGAAUUCGUAAGCACAAUCAGUUAUCUGCUACAGUAUUCCAGAAACGAUACAACAUUAGCGCUCCUAGUGCGUAUAGUGUCCGGUACAAUUUCUAUGCACACGCCCGCAGAUGGCACAGACAUACACAUGGACACGGAUAGAUAUCAAAACUUUAUUAAGACAGGUGUGGAGUAUGCUUUACGAGACGCCAUGAUUUCCGAUACACAGAUAAAAAAGUUUUUUAUUGAGGAUAAGGUGUCAAAAGAUACGAAAACUUAUUUGCAUCAUUUUUGUUUGAAUAUCGUUAAGUUGUUGAGGUGGGAGCGGUCGGGGCGGGUGAGUGCGCUGCGGAGCCGCUGGGCCGGGCGCGCCGCGGAGGCCGGCGCGGGCCGCCUGAGCGCGGCGCUGCGGGCGCGCGCCUGCACGCUGCGGCCCGCCCCCGCCGCCGCGCCGCCCGACAUGCCCACCUGCCACGCUCUCGCCGAGGUAUUGGACAAUAUAGACAUGUCGGGAACGAAGUCUCCACCUCCGAGUGUUGAAGUUAUCUUAAAAGUCGUACAGGCAACCGUACAAUACUUCUUCAGAUGCAUACAUGAACAAGAUAUAAUGGCCAAAAUUCGAGGAGUACAAACCGCAAGUCGCUUACUCCGUAAAUUAUGUUUACACAGUAAACUGGCCCGCGCUGUGGCGUUAAGAGAUUUACUGGAGACCGCCAUGUUUAGAGAAGAUAAAGUGUUCGGCAGUAGAACAGUAGUUGCUAAUACAAUAGCGUCGCCAAGAGACUGGCAUAAUGAGGAGCUACUGAUUUAUAUGAAUCAGAAACAUGGUCCAAUAACCCAAUUGACACAAAGUCACACAUCAGUAUUCCACGCGGGUAUUAUAGGGAAGGGUGUUCGUAAACGCGGCAGUCAAGAAGGGGAGGACGCACCGCCCAUACUCACACUUAAUAAUGAAUUACUCAUGGGGGCGCUUAUGUCAUGUAUGGAUGGAAACAGUGGCAUAGUUGAAGGCUGCACAUCAAUAUCCCUACUGCUCGUGGAAUUGGUGUCACCAGAUGUUAUGUAUAAUGGAUUACCCUGGCCGGAUGAAGAUUUUACUAAGCAAGUGAGCAUCGAGCGCGAGCUGUACAUGCGCGCGGCGGUGCAGCGCUGCGGCGUGGCGCGCGCGGCGUUGCGGCGCGCGGCGCGCGCGCGGCCGGCGCUGUGCCUCGCCUCCGCGCUGCUGCGCGCCGCCGCCGCCUCGCUGCUCCACCGCGCGCGUGCGCACCUCGAUCGCCAUACGCAAUCAGCGGAAAUGGCUAGAGAGCUGGCAGCACUGACAGAGCUACUGUCAGUGAUGACGUUGGGACAAUUGUUACCUCAUCCGUUGAGUCAUAUAUUAGAGUUGGCGCCAGAAUUGACACCUAGUGAGAUUGUCCAGGUUCUAAGAGACUGUAUAUGGAAUUACACCAGAGAUCACGUGCCUUCACCUGCGCUAUUUACAUGCGAUUCUUCAGGUCUUCAUUGGCGCGACCCCUCCACUUGCAAGCCCCCAGCGACAUACACAGAUACAUUAAGAUUAAUUAUACAGAAAAGAAUUUCAAAGUUGGGUCACAUGUAUCCAAUAAUGUUUUUGAAUCUUGAGAAAGAUAGUUGAGACUAUUUUUAAUAUAUUUUGUAAAUAUGUAACAAAUAAAGUGCCUAAGUGAUUUUUA